AAGGUAAAUGCACUGCACACGGAGACCAAGCAGUGAUAUUUGUGGUGUGCCGCAGUUGCCACUAAAGUCGGUCUUAUCGUCUACCUGGCUGGCGGCGACGACAACAGCUUAGCGCAGCCCACUGUGGCGUGGCCAGGUAGGAUCAUGAGGCGAGCGGCUGACAGUGACCAACGCCUUGCUGACUGAUACCUGCUGACCUCGGCAAAAACAUGGAGCAGGCCAAACCGGGGCCAAACGAAAGCCCGAAAGUCAGUCAUCAUCACCGUUCGUCUGCUUGCCUUGACGCACAUUAACGGUGACAGCAAACUGUAAGUGAAGCGGCCAGUCGGGUGCUUACUGUGGUCGGUGGACACCUGGCGAAUCACCAGCCACCCGAGGAAGCGCGGUGACACAGUCUUUGAUUGUCUGUCGACUGGGAGAGAUGAAGUCCGCCGGAGCAUGACCAAGUCACCUGCAGUGCCAGUCUCCAGAAAAUACCUGAUGUUUCUUGUGGCUUAGACUUUGACAAGUGUGUUCAGACCUCACUCAUCCGUGGGCACCGGAAGAUGAUUUCAAAUGAGUUUAAGCUUGUAAUUAGUUCCAGUUAACGACUUUGCUAUUUGGUGUGGAUUCGGCUACAUUAUACUGCAAGGUGUCUGCUCAUCCAGGUACGUGUUAAUCAAUGGAGGAGAGCUGGGAACCCAGCUGUCUACGGGAGGAGGAGUUCGAGGAGUUCUGCGUCUACAUCGUCAACGACAGGCCGUGUGAGACAGUCUGUACCAACAGGGCCCAGGCCUCCCUGCCGCGCAACCUCACGCUCAAACCCUCGCGUGUAAAGCCGGGGGCGCUGGGCGUGUGGAGUGUGGACUACAUCCCGCGGGGCACGAGGUUCGGUCCCGUCACUGGCGAGGUGCUGUGGGACGUGCCGCGCAACGAGGACAGUCCGCGCAAACACCACUGGAAGAUUUUCAAAAAUAACAAGGUGUAUUAUCACAUUCGCACAAGCAACACGACAUGCAGCAACUGGGUGCACUACGUUACCAUGGCGGCAGGGCCCGAACACAACCUGCUGGCCUGUCAGGUGGACCUUCACAUCUACCUGUACACCGUCAAGCCCAUUCCACCCAACGUGGAGCUGCUGGCCUGGUUCUCCAGGGACUACGCUGACCGCAUCAACUGCCCUCUGGCAUCACUGCGCUCCGCGUCAUGCUCGCCUGUGUCCGAGGAGGUGCAAGGCAGCCGACAGCGCCCUCACCCCACCCUACCUUCACCGCGAGCAGCAAGCGUUGCUCACAUCAAGGGCAGCCAGUCGCCGUCCACACCACCUGCUGCAUCGCUGACAGAGGGCGCUGUGCAGCGGGAGGAGGCGGAACGCGUGCUGGACUACAGCGUCACGCGGCGCCCUCGCAGCCCCGCCUCGCGCCCCACCUCGCCAUCCCUAAUUACGGCUACUGAAAUGAAGUCCGAGUCCCCGAACAGAGGAGAUGCGAGUUUGGUGAAUAGCUGCAAUGAGAAUACAAGUGCCCAAUCCCAGCGCCUGUCGCCUCUUGAUCCUAAAACGCCUUCGUCCCCAGCUUCUCUGCCAUCAGUUUCGUCUCAAAAGUUGGUCCAUCGAUCUCCCAGCCCCCCAUUGAGGAACUUUCCUGUGCCUACCCGCUCUGUUCAUCCGCUGCCUCCAGGCCAAGACUUAGACGUGGCACUAUUUAAGAAUAUGAGAGACAGGAGAAGUGAACGCAUUCCCAUGGAGCCGGAAGUGUCCGCCCCGCUUGUUCAUCCUUCCCUUUUGUCUGAUGGCAAACUGAAGGGACUAGAACCUGAAACGGCCUUGAGUUUUCCCACGACACACUACUUGCCCUUGAAGCUGCCGUUGUUUCCCAACAACUUCUUGAUGGAGAGAAGCUACAGCAACAUGCUGGACCCACUCAAGCACGAGUCACUCAUGUCCAAGUACUUUGGAGCCGCUAAGAUAAGCUCUUUGCCGCCAAUGAUAAUGCCUGGUCAUCCCUUUCAAAACAUUUAUCAGUUUUCCCCAAUGUAUCAGCUGACCGCAGCAUCCCAGUACCCUGGUCUCGCCCACUGGCCAAUGUACCCGCCAUUUCCCACCUCUUCCAAUUUGAGCCACGUGACCAGCACCCAGCAUAAUUGUCCACCUCUUACCAUGCCUACCGCAAAUCCGUCGUCAUCUGAACAAGUGCUGAAUCUCAGCAAGCCUAAGUUAGACACCGAGAACCGUGGGUACCGCACCCUGCCGUACCCGCUUAGGAAAAGGGACGGCAAGAUGCAUUACGAGUGUAACGUGUGUCUGAAGACCUUCGGGCAGUUGUCUAAUCUGAAAGUGCACUUGAGGACGCACACGGGCGAGCGACCCUUUGUAUGCAAGACGUGUGCAAAGGGCUUCACGCAGCUGGCGCACCUGCAGAAGCACCACCUGGUGCACACGGGGGAGAAGCCGCAUGAAUGCCAGGUGUGCGGAAAACGAUUCAGUUCCACAUCCAACCUCAAAACUCACAUGAGGCUACACUCUGGGGAAAAACCCUUCGCCUGUAGACUCUGCUCGGCUAAGUUCACGCAGUUCGUGCACCUCAAGCUUCACCGCCGUCUGCACACCAACGAGCGACCCUUCCACUGCCCCCAAUGCCAGCGCAAGUACAUCAGCGCCAGCGGUCUCAAGACCCACUGGAAGACAGGCCUGUGCGUGCCACCCGAGUCCAUGGCCGACUACUCGCUGCUGAUCGACACGGCACUGGGGCUGGAGAAGGACUCACCCGACUGCCUGCACCACCCGGACGACGGCGUGGAGAAGUACGGCCAGUCACAUGCCCCUGACCUCACAGAUGAUGAUAGUUGUCUCAGUUCGGAGCCAGCCAAUGGAAGCCAUUCCGUGGUGUGCCACUCGGACGACAUGGACGUGGAUGGGAGUCUAGACAUGUCUCUGCACUUGAAAGAAAAGGAAUGUUGAGGAAUGUAGUGAAGGUGAUCAUGACAGGAAACAAAGAUCUCACUUGGGCUCAGCACGAGUAGCAGUCACGUCUCUGUGAACACUCACUGCCUUUGACUGUUCACUUUUGAUAGUUCAGCUUUGCUCCCAUGUUUUUGACAUAUCCAUUGGCAUGCUGUCACCAUCCCCUUGCCGGUAAUCACUUGACCAUAUACUUUUUUCAAGGGGAGGGAGAGUUGUUUUUUUUUAAGUAGCAGUGAACCAACAGCGUCAACAAGGUUCCAAUAACACAGGGCGAUUCUGUAGACGAAAAUCACCAAGGACUGAGUGUAGUGAUGUUAUCCCAUCCAGAGUGCUAAAAUCACACAUACACAGAACUUCACUAGACUCCACCCUCUGCAGCACAGUAUUAGUAUUUCACAAACUAAAAUGACUGUCAACAACAAUACUUCCUUGUCGAGCACUGCAAGCUAUUUCCGUAACUUUAGUGUGUUUGUUUUUUGUUUGUUUUUGUUUUUUUUUUGUUAGUGGACUCAGGCUGUAAGUGAACGAAAACACGGGGCGAAAGCACCUUAGAAUCUGUGCACUGAGAUGAAAACUAGACAAACUAUAUAUUCAUGUAUAUUGUUUGUUGGAAAACUGACAAUGUUUCCAGUCGAUUGGUUUCCUGAGAAACGGCAGAACUUUGCUGUUUUCUGUAAACGGGCUUGCGUGACACACUAGGGAAUAGUGUGACUGGUGUGACAGCAAGGUUUUGUGGUCACGCGUGCACCUUGGACACGCAUAAUGACUAGUGUCACACCAUAAAGUACAGUGACACGAACACUGAGGAAACUGGUUCGUUUCUGGACUGCACGUGCUCUGCAAUAAUUCAUGUGUGACGACAUGACUGGGGUUGGCAAGUAAAGUGUCAAUGCUUUCUGAACACACUCCACUGCACCCUAACUAUGCUUGAGAAGUGUAUCGCGCCAUAACGGUCGUGAUGUUGUUUAUUUAUUUAAUUUUUUUUAAAGUUUUAUAAAUCUGCUUCACGUGGAGACAACUGUUACUGUGGCAAAGUCAAUUGAUGCAGACGUCGGUAAGUUAAUAUCCGAAAAAUAACUUUUGUGUAAAAGCAUAGAUUGUUCAGAUGAAACGACAUUUUGUACUCGGUAGCAGUUUCUUCUUUACCAAAGAGGUCUGUCCACAGGUAAUAGUGUAAAGAUACUCACCAUGUGGUGAGAGUCGACUUCAGAUUCCAGUCUUGCCUGCACAUGGUUUUGGGUGCACGACUACUCUCAGUGUGGCUUGACCACUCUUCCUGUGGCUAGGCUGCUCUUAGUAAGACUAGCUACUCUCGGUGUGGCUAGGUUACCACCCUCCAUAUGGCUAGACUACUCUCAGUGAGGCUCCCAGUGCAAUCUUUUUUCAAUUGCUCAUUUCGUGUCUUUAGCAGCGAUGUUUGUGAUGAUCACCGUGUUCAGAAAGCGUACAUUGGAAAUAUGUGUAACUAAUCAUGUAUAGCCAUUACCCUAGAAUGUACAGAAAAUGAUAAGAGCAAAUAUUGUAUGAAUGGGAGUCUGGUUAUUUAUUUGCUGAUUUUCUUUCUGGUUAUUCAGAAAUGUUUGAUCCUCUUUUCUCUCCAUCAUAACCAUUAAAUAUCAUCACCCACUCACAACCAUAAACAUUCGAAAUAUUCAAGUUAGCGUUUGUUUCUGGUGUACAUCCUAGCGAUUUGAAGUUAAUGUUUUCUAAGCCACGAUUUACUCACCUGAUAGACUGUGUGCCGUGUGUUCGUGUGAGCUCAGCAAUACUCAGAAUAAAGUGUGGGUUUGUUUGAAGUGGAGUUUUAUUAAAAACUAUUUUUACAAUUGGAUAUA